UUGAAAUUGGUAGCUUCGUAUGGAUUUCGCAUCAUGGCAGCUCAGCUGAAUCCCUUUCGAAGUGCCUUUCGGUUACCAGCAAAACAGAGAAUCAACUGGUUUCCUGGUCACAUGACCAAAGGCAUGCGACAAAUCCAACAAAAACUGAAAAGUGUGGACUGCAUUGUAGAAAUUCACGAUGCACGCAUCCCGCUGGCGGGCAGGAACUCUCAGUUUUUCGACACAAUCACAGGGAGUGGCGUUAAACCCCAUAUUCUGGUGCUCAACAAAGUUGAUUUACUCGGAACAAAGCAGCAAAAAAAUGUGCUUCAACAAUUAAGACGACAGCAACCGGAACUUAAGCACAUUCUUUUCACCAACUGCAAGGAUCAGAGGAACCAUGGUGUGCUGGACAUCCUGCCUUUGGCCACUCGUCUUGUUACCGAAAGUAGUCGAUUUAAUCGAACCCAGACAGCGGAGCACAAUCUAAUGAUCAUUGGAGUGCCCAAUGUGGGCAAGAGCUCUGUGAUUAAUGUCCUCCGGAAUGUUCAUCUCAAAAAGAAGAGCGCCGCUCGUGUGGGAGCAGAAGCGGGUAUUACUCGCGCCGUUGGAGAGCGCAUCAAAAUCCAGGAGAACCCACCCGUCUACAUGAUCGACACACCUGGAAUCCUACAGCCCUCCGUGAAAGAUGACGAAAUGGGCAUGAAACUGGCCUUAGUGGGUUGCCUACCCGAUCACAUUGUGGGCGAGGAUCUGAUAGCUGACUACCUGCUAUACUGGCUGAAUACUCACCGCAGAUACGACUACGUGGAGAAGCUAAAACUGAACUCCGGACCCAGUGACAAUAUCAGUGCCGUGCUGGCGGAGUACGCUCACCGAGAGGAGCUGUUCCACAAGGUCAAACAAUACGAUGGAAGGGUAGAGGUUAUGACAAAUUUAUUGGCUGCCGCACGGAAGUUUAUUCACUUCUUUCGCUCUGGACAGCUGGGUUACAUAAAUCUGGACGAGCCAAGCUAGUUUUAUAUAAGAGUUAACUUAAGAUAUAAUAUUAAACGAUGAGCAAAAGAA